UACUAAACAGUUAACUACUGAACACCUAACCUCUGACCCAGUGUCUACUGUACCCGUUCAAAGCAAUACCUCAAUGCCUGUACCAACUACAUUCAUUUCCACAGAACAUGCUUCAACUGAACAGUUAACUACUGAGCACCUAACCUCUGACCCAGUGACUACUGUACCUGUUCAAAACACUCCCUCAACACCAGUACCAACUACAUCCAAUACCCCAGUGCAUGUUUCUACUGGACAGCUGUCUACCAGACUCCUAACAUCUGACCCACUGACUACUGUACCUGUUCAAAAACCAACUACAUCCAAUACCCCAGUGCAUGUUUCUACUGGACAGCUGUCUACCAGACUCCUAACAUCUGACCCACUGACUACUGUACCUGUUCAAAACACUCCCUCAAUGUCUAUACCAACUACAUUCAAUACAACAGACCAAGUUUCAAUUGAACAGUUAACUUCUGAACACCUAACUAUAGACCGAGCGACUACUGGUUACAUACCUACAAAUGCAACUGCUGUAUCUGUUCAAAACACUCCCUCAACACCAGUACCAACUACUAAAGAACAUGCUUCAACUGAAAUGUUAACUACUGAAUACUCAACUAGAGAGGAAGCAACUACUGAAUACUCAACUAGAGAGGAAGCAACUACUGGUUACUCAGCUAGAGAGGAAGCAACUACUGGUUACAUACCUACAAGUGCUUCUACUGUCCCUGGUCAAAACAGUCCCUCAACACCUGUACCAACUACAUUCACUACCACAGAGCACGUUUCAACUGAACAGUUAACUACUGAACACUUAACCUCUGAUCCACUGACUACUGUACCUGUUCAAAACACUCCCUCAACACCAGUACCAACUACAUCCAAUACCCCAGUGCAUGUUUCUACUGGACAGCUGUCUACCAGACUCCUAACAUCUGACCCACUGACUACUGUACCUGUUCAAAAACCAACUACAUCCAAUACCCCAGUGCAUGUUUCUACUGGACAGCUGUCUACCAGACUCCUAACCUCUGACCCACUGACUACUGUACCUGUUCAAAACACUCCCUCAAUGUCUAUACCAACUACAUUCAAUUCAACAGACCAAGUUUCAACUGAACAGUUAACUACUGAACACCUAACCUCUGACCCAGUGACUACUGUACCUGUUCAAAACAGGACCUCAACACCAGUACCAACUACAUUCAAUACCACAGACCAAGUUUCAACUGAACAGUGAACUACUAAACACCUAAAUACAGAAAGUGCAACUACUGUACCUUUUCAAAGCAUUAUCUCAAUGUCUGUACCAACUACCACAGAACAUGCUUCAACUGAAAUGUUAACUACUGAACACUCAACUACAGAGAAAGUGACUACUGAUUUCUCACCUACAAGUGCUUCUACUGUCCCUAUCCAAAACAUUUCCUCAACGUCUAUACCAACUACAUCCAAUACCACAGUGCAUGUUUCAACCGAAGAGGCGACUACUAAACACCUUACUACUGAGAAUGUAACACAUCAAUCAACAACUGAGCCUGCAGACACAGAAAUGCAACACAGCAUUACACAAGCGACUACUGAACAUACUUCUGCCAUAGAUAUAACCACAGUGGUUGAGACUGCUCCAUACAGUACUGCAGAGCCUGUCAGUAUCUCCACUGUCAUGCCAAAUGAAAACAGUCAAGGUUUAAGUCCAGACAACCUGAUAUUGAUCCGUGAGAACAUGACGUGGAACGAGGCCCUGAGCUACUGCAGAGAGCACCACGUUGACCUGGUCUCCAUCACUACAGAGCUGCUUCAGUCCUGGGUGACAGAGAGGGCUGCCAGCGCCACCUCAUCCCAAGUCUGGGUGGGCCUGCGCUUCACCUGUUCAUUCCACUUCUGGUUCUGGAUCAGGUCUGAUGCAGGCUGCUACCAGAACUGGGCCCCCGGGAACGGCUCAGACAGCCAGCAGGACUGUGGGAUUGCAGGGGCUGUAGAGACCACCGG